AGCGCUCAACCUGGUGUGGUGGGGGAGGGGCGCCGCGGCGCUGCUCGUUCUUGCGGGGAGGGGGCGGGGGACGAAGGCGGCUCUUUCUACCUCAGGCGAGCUGCCUCGUCCGCGAGGAGGAGGAGGCGGGUCUCCUGGGCGCCUCGGGAGGGGCUGGAAAAACCCUUUUCAAGUGAAUGAGCUAAGGGGCAGCGCAGGUGUCCUCCUGGCUAUGGCUCCGUCGACGGGUUGUAGAUAAAACCCGCUCGCCUCCCUUCCCUUCAUGGCUGCCCUGGUGUUCUGCAAUGCUUGCUUCCAGAAGCCCCAAAGAGCCGCCCAAAAGUUCUGCCUGACCAACUGCGGCCAUGUUGUCUGUGAGCAGUGCCUCCGGAAAGGUAGCCUCCCUAUUCUACAAAUAGCUACUUUUGCAAGAACAUACACGAAUUGAGGGAGUCUUGCCUCUUAGGACAGGUGUGCUGAGCCUUUGGCCCUCCAGGUGUUGCUGGACUACAGCACCCAUCAGCCUCAGCAAGCAUAGCCAACAGCCAGGGAUGAUGGGAGUUGUAGUUCAACAAAACAUGGAAGUGCCCCCCCACAGCUGCUCUAAAGGAAUAUUAUGUUAAGGAACCUCAAGUGAUAGGUCAAAGGCAGAACCUCAGUAUGAACCCAAGUCUACUUUUUAAUUCUCAAGGCAGUUCAUGGCACAGGGUACUGGCAGUUAUUGGAGGGAGGGUCCUUCAUAAAAAUUGGACCUACAAACUCGCCCUGAAGUAGCUGCAGCAAUGCAAACUGUGGCAUAUGCCAUUCUCAAUCUAAGGCAUCCUCACUUCUAACCUUAAAAUGUCUCCUUUUUGUGUCAACAAGCUUGUCCGUUGUGUCCAAUAGUAUUAAGCUUUUAAGAUCCAAUAGUAUUAAGCUUUUAAGAUGAGCUUUUAAUUUAGAUUUAAGCUUUUAAUUGUUGUUCUGUAUUGUUUUUAAUAGUAUUUUAUCUCAUCGUGAAUUUUGUUGUAUACCACCCUCAGAUUUUGCAUGAGGGGUUAAUCUAUAAAUAAUUUUAUACUGUAAAUAAAUGUAUCUGAUCAGUGGGUAGAGUUGCAAGGCCUUAACAGCCUCCAUCUCAACUCUGUACUUUGAGAAACAAAUAUACUGUUGUUUCUUUCCUGUGGCUGAAAAGUCAUGAAGAUAUUGCUUAGGGGCACCAGUUAUUACAAUAACCAUUAUUUACUUAUCCCACUCAAUUUUUAUCAUUAGAACAUACAAAAUAAAUUAAAACCAUUUUAUUUAUGUGCAUCUGUCACAUUUUAAGAGUAACACCAGCAUUCUCCGUAUUUUAAGUCAGGCGGAUUUCAGUGGGAGUAUUGCAAUAUCUAGACUUAAAAUACAAUCAUCCUGUACAUGUCUACUCAAAAGUAGCUUCCAAUGGUGCUUACUCCCAGCUAAAUAGUUAUAGACUGCAGCCUUAACAUCCUGGCUUGAAUCCUGAAUUCUCCACUUGUAAUGCAAAAGCAUCCAUUCUGCAGAAUUCUGCUCACAGGAUGUCUUGCUGGCAAGUGAGGCGACUUUCAGCAGCAAAACCAACAAGAGUCUGGUAGCACCUUAAAGACUAAUAUAUGUUAUGCCUUAAUAGAUCUGUUUAUCUUUAAUGUGCAACAUAUGUAUGUAUUUAUGUAUGUAUUUAUGUAUUUAUAUUUUUAAUUCAUCAAAGGUUACAACACACAUUUGCUAAUCAAAAUAACAUUUACUAUGCAUUGAUCUUUAUUUUAUAGGUAAAAAAGAUGAGUGUGUGAUUUGCAGAGCUCCUUGUCGUACAAUAGUCCUUUCCAAAAAGGUACAGAAAAACAGUUGCUUGCAACUACAAUGUUUGAGGAUUUACAAAUGCUUAGUAACAUAAAUAUUUUUAUUGUUAUUUUAAAACUUAGUUAUUUUGUCCUGCUGAUUCCACUGGAACAUAAUCUUUUAAAAAGUGUGUUUUGAUUUUGAUCCCAGACCAACUACCUAGUUCUGUAACUAUUCUGUAACAAUUUUUUAUUAUUUAUAUGACUUACAUACCAGUUUCUGUAAAUAAUCUCUUAGUGGUUCACAAGAGAAACAUGCAAAAAAAAAAAAAAAAUGUACAGUGGAGUACUCAGGGUUGGUUGUAAAACCUUUGCUAGUAUAAUUCCAAUGUUGUGCUGGCACUGGGACCUAGAGCCUAGAUUAGUAUCGUGGUAGCACUUUGAGAUUGCUCUUUAUGUUCUGUGCUGUAUGCAAGACUGAGUGUUUUUGGUUUUGUUUUGCAAAGUAGCUUAUUUUUGUAUACAGUGGUGUCUCGGGUUACAGACGCUUCAGGUUACAGACUCCGCUAACCCAGAAAUAGUACCUCGGGUUAAGAACUUUGCUUCAGGAUGAGAACAGAAAUCACGUGGCGGCGGCGCGGUGGCAGUGGGAGGCCCCAUUAGCUAAAGUGGUACCUCAGGUUAAGAACAGUUUCAGGUUAAGAACAGACCUCCAGAACAAUUAAGUUCUUAACCUGAGGUACCACUGUAUUUCAAAAAGAUUGAUAUGCUUUGAAUGUUUUUUGGUCAUGUGUAAUAUGUUUCUCUGCAGGUGAAUUCAAAUAUCCAGUUGCUGUUUAUGGAAAUAGAUGGAUUAUGCAAAACAUAUUCCAAAGAAAUCACACAAGUGAGUUGUUUGUUAUCUAUUGGAGUGAUUUUUCAUCAGGAAUAUGCUAGAGAUGAUUUUCACCAUCAAAUUGUCACCAACCCAGAAGAAGAAAUUCUUUAAUGGAUUUGGUAUUGCCAAUGAAUAUAGAGUACAUCAUAUAGUUAUUAGAAAUUACUUAUAAUGUAAUAUUUUGUGCAAUAAAAUUGCAUUUUGGUAUAGAGCAUAGGUGUGAGAACUUUAAGUAUCUGAAGGUACCUGAAGAAGUGUGCAUGCACACGAAAGCUCAUACCAAUAACAACUUAGUUGGUCUCUAAGGUGCUACUGGAAGGAAUUUUUUUAUUUUGUUUCGACUACAGCAGACCAACACGGCUACCUACCUGUAAAUUAACACAGUUAUUCUCAUCUGAAUAAUUUUAGAGUUUAUUUCAUUUCUUACAUUAAUGGUUUUUUGCAAAAUUUAAAAUAUUUUAAUAAAAAUGUAGUUAAGUACUUGAAAUUAUAUAUAAUCCAGUAAUUAUGAAGUGGCCUUCAUAAUUUUAUCCAGCAAUUAAAAUUUCUCUGGUGUCCCCUCAAGAACAAUUCAAACUAGUUUGGAACUUGGCCUUUAGACAUGGGUGGUAUAUUAUCAGAUAUCAUGAAAAAGUUUCCUAAAAGGAUUUUUUAAAUGGUUCUUAGGAUAAAGGAGUGAACAGAAGGUUUCAUACACACAAGGCACUUCCCCAAAUAGGAGCAAAGGUACAGAAAAGAAAACUAGGUUUAACUGCAUCCAGUAUUUUGAUCAAAUUUACAGUUCUAUGCUGUAACUUUCUUGCAUAGAGACUUGUGUUGAUUCAUUUCCCUCCUGUAUGGCGGUGUGUCUCUUUGUCUUGCUCCUCCUUUAAUCUGAAUCUCAAAGAAGUUCCUGACUAAUUAUAGCCUGCAGAUGCCUUUGAUUUGUAUUGCAGUACAAAGGCUUCAAAGAAACAAUGGCUACUGUCCUUGAUAGACAGGGUUUAAUUAUGACAAACUUUUCUAAUUAAAAAGUGACAUCUAUCAACUUGUUUUUUCAGAUGGGCAAAGCUGUGAGACAGCCAGCAACUUAAACCCAUAAUCUCCAAACAAAUACAAACAAUAUUUUUAAUCAGCUCACUUUCUUCUCAGUUCUUAAUGUGCAUGCACACACACAAUAUUCUCAAUAGACACUUGAGUGCUGCCACAUGUGGAGGCCUUGAGACGAGCAGUUCACUGAGUGAUCCAUUGUGAAGUAUGAGAGGUUCUGUCCUUUAGCAUUUUGAAUGGCCAGACCAGGCCCAAUGGUAAAAUGGCAUGGGAACAUCAUGCUGGAUGCCAUUGAAGAGUCGUUCUGCAACUUAAGUUUCUUGCUUGGAGAGAACAGAAUAGUGGCCUUAGAGUGAACUGGCUCUGGAAAAGUAUGCAUACUUGCUGCUGUAUUAAAAGAAAGGUUAUGAUAAUUAGCAUUAGGUAUAUAGUUUCUCUUAUUUUUUAUUGUUGUUCAUCUAGUUGUUCAUCAUGGCAACAUAAUUGAAUGACAUGUAAUCCUAUUUUUCUUCCUUUCUAGAUUGCCCAUUUCCAAGAAAAACACAGAAGACGGUUAUUAGCAAACUACAAAGGAAAGGUAUUGUUAUAUAUAUAUAUAUAUUUAUACCCCCUUUCCCCCCUGAUGGGACUCAAAACAACUUACAGAUAAAAACAAGAACUACUAAAAACAUAGAAAAAUAAAUCAUUAAAAUGCAAUUGAACACUGAUUAAAACGAUAUAUAUAUAUAUAUAUAUAUAAAAUCUGUGUGAAACAUGUCCACAAUUACAAUAAAAACAGCACGGCCCCAGCCCUUUCAUUAAAAGCAGACAGUUCUCCAAAGCCUGUUGUUUCAAGAUAGUCUUCACUUGCUAGCGGAAGGACAGCAAGGAGGGAGCCAGUCUAGCUUCCCUAGGGAAGGCAGUUCCAAAGUUUGGAAGCAGCCACCGAGAAGGCCCUCUCCCACAUCCCCACCAAGUGUGCCUGUGAGGGUGGUGGGACUGAGAGAAGGGCCUCCCUCAAAGCUACCUUGAUUCUAGUUGAUUUGAAAUACUGGAGGGAGGUUAGAGGAAGUUAUAUUUAUAGAUUUAUAUUAUACUACUAAAAUGCAACAGAUUGACUUACACAUUUGUAUUAUUAAUAUUACAUUACCGUAUUGGCCUGAAUAUAAGCUGCACUCCCCCCCCCCCCCCAAUUCUGCCUGUGCGGCUUAUAUCCGCAACCAUAUGCUGCUGGCAAAGCGGCACAGCUCCCCCCCAGAAGCAGCCCAGAUAUUGUCUUUAUUUCUUUUUCCCUCUUCAAUUUUAAAGGUGCAGCUUAUUUGUGGGUGCGGCUUAUAUUCGGGCCAGUACGGUACAUGUCAAGAGGUGGGAUAGGUGCAGUGGGUUCUUGUUUUAGAGAGAUGAUUGCCCAGUCCAGCCCUUUGUUUCAUCUGCUAGUCAGAAUGUUAUGACUAUGAGCAGCAAGCCACUUACUCUCAAUCUCGUUAAAGACCAUUGGACAUUUGCAGUGGGUUGUGGAUGACAACAUAAAUCAUGAAGGUUAAAUUACUGAAAUACAUUAUUCUAUACAGAUUACAAAAUUGGAAGGAUAUCUUAAGAAAGCAACACAACAAAUGCAACAUAAACAGCAAGUGCAACAGUAAGCAACAUUUUAAUUAUUAUCCUGACCACUUAAUUGUUGAUAGUAUGGGGUAAAGCUGUUUUGUGUACUUCUUGGAAAAUAUUUCAUUAUAGAAAAUAUUACACUGUAUUGGAUGGAACUUUGGUAUGAUACAAUAGAAAUAAUGUAUUCUUAAAUGGAAAAGAAAUGUAUUAAAUCCCGUCAACAUUCAAGUAUAGUCUUAUGAGAGUUUUAUUUUUUGUGUGCAAAAUCAUCUGCAAAAUUGCUUCAUUGGAAUCCAGAUAAGAUAUAUAUUUGUGAUCUGAUGGAAUUGUUUGCUUAUCAUUGAUAGCAACUUUAAAAGUUGCAAUUCCAUGUCGACUUAACUGUAAGCACCAUUGAACCCAGCAGGCACACUUCUAAGUAGGCAUGUAAAGGAUUGUACUGUAAAUCUCUAAAGGAAUUAUUAACCACUGAAUUAUUCAUAAAGGUAUUUGAAGAAUGCAGUUAUGCUUGUAGCCUGUUAGAAAAAGGACAAAUGGCAUGAGAUCUUAUAUAGUUUCAUAUAAGAUAGAAGUUCACUCCAAAAAAGCUUUAAUAAGGUACAGUUUUACAUAGAGAUGCUGCAAUAUUCUGUUGUUUAUAACUAAACAAAUUAAAUAUAACAUGGCAAGCUUAGUGGUUAAAAAAAUCUUUAAUGGUGUUUUAUUUUAACAUUUAGCAGCUUUCAAUCUCAAAUCAGUAGGUCUUCACCAAUGGAAACAGAUUAUGUGCCGUCUUCAGUGAGGAAAGUAAGUGUCCUUCUCUUUCCUGUGUCAAAUUAGGUGUAAUUAGGAAUCUUCCACUCUAAUUUCCAGAUAGAUAAAGUGAUGUGUCAGCAGGGAGAGUGGCUUCAAUAUGAGGGGAUACUCAAUUUAGGCAAUAGGGUUUGUGCUUGGGGUUGACACUGUGGAAUAGGUUUUCUCUGUGUGGGUCUCUUUACAUUACCUUACAUAUUCCAAUCUUCUUUUCCUGAUCCCAUUUGCACUUGGAUUGUGAACAUUCAGAAGGGGCUUGUCACCUUAGUAGCAGUGAGAAACAAGAGUUACAUUGAGACUGUGAAAUGAGCUUUGUAAUUGCUCUUCUUCUGGAGAGUUUAAAACUCUUGCCUUCCAUUCUGUCUUCUGUUCUGCUGGCUAAUUGUUUUGCUUAGUGCUGUUUAUUCCGUUUAUUGUUUUUGCAAUUUUUUAUUGCAAUUUUUUAUUUUAUUUGUUUUACUUUUUUGCAUGAUAGCUUGAGCCUCUUGGAAGCUGCUUAACAGAUUCUUUUAGUAAAUACAGAAUAGGUUAAUAAAGCACUUUAUUGAAUUUAAGUAGUACAAGUUAAUAAUAUCCCUCCUUGUCAAGAAACAAUCAAAUUACUGGCAAGCUAAAAUGUCCAUGAUACAGCAGCAGUUUUUUUUAAAAAAACUGAAAUUAUAUAUUUUCUAUGUUUCUACAUAUUAUACUGUCAAUUUUUCUGAAUUCAUCUAGACUGAAACAGCUGCUGGACCAACCAGGAUAUCAUUGAUAAGCCCACCUCAGAAUGGGCAUAUGGGUAAGAAGAUAUCAUGACCAAUUUUUAAAAGCUGAGUAGGAAUAGGUAUAAUUUAGCUUGCACCCUGAUAAUGGUUUUAUUCAUGCACACCUACCACUACUUGCUACCCUUGAGGAUGGGACAAGGUAGAAGGUAGCUGAGAUGAUAUUUUAAACUCUCAAAAAUUCCUUGAGGGUUUUCAGGAAUUCAGACUGAAUACUUGCAGGAGCCAAUUCCUUUUAGAGAAUCAUGCAAAAAUUUGUUCACCCAGCUCUAGAAUAAAUGUCUAACAACCCUACAUUCUGUUCAAAGGGUAGCUUGGCUAGUCUGCUCAAUACUUAGGUAAACUUUAUACCAUAUAUGUCAGCCUUUAGAUACUAAGAUUCAUGCAGGUGAAAAGUUUUCAGACUUUUCUAAUAAAUAUAGUGAUUUGGACUACGUAGAUUUCAGUUUCUAAUUGUUGUGGAAGAAGCACUGUUCUCAUUUUCAUCAUAUGUAGAAGUAUUUUAACAAAUUUGAUCCAUCAGUAUAUAAGUGAGGUCCAGAGGAACAUAUAUAGAUAGUUAGGAAGAUAAUAAAAAACCAAAUUACAGAAAAAUAAUAUAGUAGAUAAUGUUCGUUUGUUUUUUAAUGUUAUCAUUGGAUUUGUAACUUUUUACAAAACCAUGGCCCAUUUAUAAUGGUAAAAACAUUGUUGCUGAAAGUUUGACUGUCAAUCAUCUUGCUGGCUUCAAACGUAGUAGAUAAUUUCGAGUAAUCCAAAGGAUACAUUGACAUUUCACUUUUUCAAGAGGUAUACAGUGGUACUUCGGGUUAAGUACUUAAUUUGUUCCGGAGGUCCGUUCUUAACCUGAAACUGUUCUUAACCUGAAGCACCACUUUAGCCAAUGGGGCCUGCUGCUGCUGCCGCGCCGCCAGAGCACGAUUUCUGUUCUCAUCCUGAAGCAAAGUUCUUAACCCGAGGUAAUAUUUCUGGGUUAGUGGAGUCUGUAACCUGAAGUGUAUGUAACCUGAAGCGUAUGUAACCCGAGGUACCACUGUAUUAAAUUUAUGCGUUUCUGGAUAUGUGCUUUCAAAAUAAUGUAGUAUGCCAUCUAAAUUCUUUCAUGUUCUAAUAUAUUCAGGAAUGUUGUUUACAGGUAGUGUUACAUGGAGAGGUUCUCAAUUGUCUGGAAUGACUUCUUCUCAAAACAGUUCAUCAGGCUCUGUAAGGUAACAAACCAAUUUAGCAGUAAGAGUCAACUUUUGAAACGCAAGGGGCGUGUUUUUCCACCUUGGGCUGCAAGCCAUACCCCUUUAUGCAGGACUGUGCAUCCCUCCACUCAAUUUUGCCAGCCAGUGGCGCAAGCAUCUCCCUUCUGCCUCCCCACAGUAUCCACAUCAAGAGAGCCUGGUGGUUGGCCCAAAAAUUGGGGGUUCCGAGGACAGGGUGGGGGCAGGGUGUCACCUGCCCAGGACCGCAAGCUACUCUCACAGUCAAUCCUGGCUGGCAUAGGGCCUGAUAUUGGCCCUGUUGCUUUACCAGCCUGAAGCUGGCCCAGGGAUCAGACCCAAUCUGUCUGCCACUCACUCGUCUGUGAGUGGCCAGGCUGUGGGUGCAUCAAUAGCUGUGCAAAGCAGCGGUGAACAACUUGGAUUGAAGAGUUAUUUAUUUAUUUAUUUAUUUAUUUAUUUAACACCUUUCCUCAUAAGAUCACAGGGCGGUUCACAUCUAGGAAUUUUGUUUCUCCAAAGAAAAAAGUUAUUAUUCAAAUUGGCCUCCGUUUUCAAAUAUAUCCUGCUUGAAAUUUUUAUUUGUGAAUUUUUUAUUUAUUGUGUUAAAUAUUAAUAAAAUGUUUACUUUGUUGAAAACGAAGUCCUAAUCUUUAUAUCUCCAUUCUUUUUUAUUCUGACAGAAUAAAACUUCCAAGAAUACAUUCACCAAAUAUGUGGAAUGUACCUUGGUAAUUUUUUCCUCUUGAGGGGUAUCUCCUAACAGUACAGUACAACCUCUACUUACAAUCAUAAUUCGUUCCGGAGGCCUGUCGGCUGGGCGAAACCAGACACUAGUAGAGGUGUCAUUGUGCACAUGCGCAUUUGGCGACAACACGCUUCUGCGCAUGUGUAGAGGUGGCAGCCGCUUGUGCGCACACGCAGAUGGCAGAAGUCGCUUCCACGCAUGCACGAAUCGCGGCAAACCCGGUGUUUACUUCCGGGUUUGCCACAGUCGCAACUUAGAACGUCUGCGAGGCGGAUGUAAUUUAUCACUUUUUUGUUUUGUCAUUUCCAUAAUAUACAAAGUUUACUAAAUGUUUAACGGUCUAUAAAUGUAGCAAAUAAAUAAUAAAAGCCAUGCCUCUUGCUAAACAAAAAUGUACAUCCUGCUAGAAUUGAUUAUACAAUAGGCCUACCUUUCUCAAUAUGAGCUAUAGACACUGUCUUGUCCUUCUACUUUUUAGGUCAUUGUCCUUAAGAAUGCCAAAUAGGGAGACUUCUUAUAUGUCACCAUUCGUAUCAACACAAAAUAAUAGAGAUCAAACGCCAGAUGGAUUUGGACAAAGAACUAUGCAGCAUUAUCGAUGCACACCAACACCUUCACUCUCAUCAGUGACAAGACAUCCGAUCAGCCUUCCCAAUCUUUUACAAAGGCAGAAUUUAGGUAAGCAAGGUUAGUGAGUGACAGAAAUGACCAUAUCAAAAAUUAAAUUUAUAUCUAGUGUAAAGUGCACUGUACAGUGGUACCUUGGGUUAAGAACUUAAUUCGUUCUGGAGGUCCGUUCUUAACCUGAAACUGUUCUUAACCUGAGGUACCACUUUAGCUAAUGGGGCCUCCCGCUGCCGCUGCGCCACCAGUGCGCAAUUUCUGUUCUCAUCCUGGAGCAAAGUUCUUAACCCGAGGUACUAUUUCUGGGUUAACGGAGUCUGUAACCUGAAGCAUCUGUAACCUGAAGUGUCUGUAACCUGAGGUACCACUGUAUUGAUUUGUUGGGGCAGUAAUACCACUGUGUGAGCCUGGCAAGCAAUUGCCUUCUGAAAAUAAUACAAGCUAGGCUAUCAUCCUGUGGUCCCUGGAGUGGUGUUCUAUCCUUUGGGCAGAGGCCCAUGGGCAGAGGAGAAGGUCCAUCCUGGCAAACCUACUUGUGGCAAGUGCAACAGCAAAAAAGGGGGAUACCAUGGGUGGAUUAGGAGGAGGCUUUUCUAGAUCCCCUGACCCACAAAUAGACCCUGAAUAGGGAAGGGAAACACAAUAGCCUUGGAGACAGAGUACUUAUUUUUAUUCCAAUCAAUCAAUCAAUCAAUCAAUUUAGUUCAACAAUUUAUAUACAGUGGUACCCCGGGUUAUAUACGCUUCAGGUAUAUUUGGAGAAAUAUAUAUUAAAUGACAUUCUAUGAUGUCAAAAUUAUAUCUGGCAUUGGCCACAUGCAGAAUUGCUGCUACUAAAAUGUGAACCUUCCUUAUUUUUAGGUUGAAAGCGAGUUUUUAAGAAUUUGUGGCUCAAUAUGAUUUCUUCCAUUUUCAGUUUAUUUAUUUGCUAUUGUGAUAAUUAAUGUGUAUGAAUAAUGCAUUUAAUUUUGGGUAAUGAAAUUUAUUCUAGUUUUAAAUCUCUCCUUUUAUAGGUUCCACUAGUCUUCCAGGACAUUCAUUACACCUGCAAACGCCGUUCAACAGAGAACUCAUCCGCUGAAUAUUUUAAAAUGUAUAUAAAAAUAUAUAUAAAGAUUCAUACCACUGUACAGUAUCUGGC